GUUGACGAAUAGGAUGAAGGCCAGGUACACAGCUUUAUGUUUUACAUCCUAUUUAAUAGUUCAGCGGUGUAUCGUGACAUGUAUAGAUGUGCAUAUAAAAUAUCAUGUAGCAGUUUGUUUAUGAUAAAUACGACGAGCAAUUACAUGGAAGUUAUGAAUAUAUGUAGCAAAUAAGUUAUGUCUGUUAACAAGGGAGCGCAGUGGGAGAUGUCGUUGUUAAUUUCUUCUGUGAUGGACGACAUCGGUGUCAAUGAGGAAGUAAUUGUGCUCAGAAGAAAUGUCCACUCGUUCAGAGAGAAAGUCAUUUCUGUGAUUUAUGAAACACUCAUGUAUCCCAAAUCAGAAUGGACUAUCUAUAGUGUGGGAAGUCAGGUCGAAGGAUCUACCACCGAUGGAAUGUGUUCAGAUAUUGACCAGUUACAGGUCCAUAACAAUAAAAACGUGUGUUUAACUGAAGCCGAUUACAAAGAAAAUAAGAAGAACGUUCUUGUCGUUAAAGACGAACGAUGUUCACCUCAAUGCUGUCUGUUACAAUUGUUGAUUAAAAUUCGAGAUAAUGCUCCUAGACCAGCAUCCUGGAAAAAUUCUGAAGACGUCGGUGCAGCUAAAGAACAAUUCAGAGACACUGAAUACGCUGAGUACGUGACAGGACAAAUGCUUAUGUCAAAUUUGAUAGAGAGACUCAACAUUAUAGAAAAAUUAAAGAUUAGAACGAGGGAAGUUUCGUACAGUGGUCCAGCAAUAAAUCUCGGACUCAAACAUGAUUUCGUAUACGCAAUAACGUGUCCAAAUAUUCCGAAUUGUUGCAAAGUAAUAUUCGACCGACCUAGACCUGGGCACUGGCCGAAACAGGAAACCUUGAAAAAACUGAAAGAACUGUGCAUAUUUCUCGUUCCAAAUGGACCGCCCAGUCUUGGUAAUCCUUGUUUAUUUCAUCGGGAUCAGAGGUGUGGAUUGAUGACAGUGAAAGGACAACCUAAUUCACUAAGAGGUUCUCUUCUGUGGCGAUAUACAACGAACUUAUCAGAAAAAUGCCUCAUGUUUGAUCUAAAUAUUGUGCAAAUGAAGGCUUAUGUCGUCACAAAAAUGAUAAGAAAGGAGUGUUUUGCUCCAAUUAUAGGUGAUUCGUUAAGCACCUUUCACUUAAAGACAGCCUUACUGUUCACAGUUGAACUUUUUCCGCCAGUUAUCUGGACGGAACCGUGUCUAUUAGUUUGUGUAAUGAAAUGCCUUUUAACUCUGAAACGGUUUUUAAACCGUCGAUACUGUCCUCAUUAUACAAUAUCCGGAGUCAACUUAUUUUCCGAGAAAUUAUCGACGCACGAAUAUAAAAAAAUGCCUGUGAAAUUAAUUUCACAUUCGAUGAACAGAUGAAAUUAGAUCUGAUCGAUUGUGCCCGGAAACUUCAGAUCGCUGCAGAAGAAGAUAUCAAUCGCCCAGAACUCAGCAUGUUUUCUCAUAUAAUGUACUCGUUCUUGGCGUCAUUGGGUGCGUCUUCAUGUCUAGAAAAAAAACAGAAGAUCUCUAAGUGCAUUUCUGACUGGUACCAAUCAUCAAUUAGUUCGAAUCUGAUUUGCAAUAGAUUAAAAUAUGCGUCAUUUCUUUAUUGUAGCAAUUCAAACAACAAAGCUGCAAUCCAAUUGGAUAGAAUCGGUAGGAAUGUUACACCCAACAUGGUGCAAAGUUCGGUGCCUUGCUCACGUAACAUGUCAGCAAGUAAGCAAAACAAUGUCGACUUAUCAAUUUCUUUGGCAGAACUAAUAAGAAACACUGCCAUGUGUGUAUAUUUCACGAAGCAAGAGAUAGACUGCAUUCUGUGGUUAUUGAAAUUUGAAAUGUUUCGAACUUUGACCCCAGCUGAUAAGGAGAUAAGAGAUUCCAAUAUUCAUUUAAGAUACAUGGACCUGGCGGUUGUGGAUUCUAUACCAUUCCUGUAUUACCUUCAAUAUUUAACGUUCAGAAAGUUGGGCAAUCAAGAAAGACGAAAACGAGCUUUACAAAAACUCAAAAGCUAUCAAGUGUCCGAAUUAUAUUAUGCUACCGUAGAUAACCGUUAUAUUCACGGUCACUUCGAAACCACUUCGAAUAUGCUUGGUCAUUGUUUUGAACUAGAAGGCCAAGUCUAUGAUGCAAUUCAGACGUACAAAAUAUCUUUGAAAUAUCGUUGCCUCAAUAAUGCAGCAUCCUGGCACAUAUUCAGACUUCUCUUUACUAUAUACCACUCAGCACAAUACCAACGAUAGACAUAUUAAUGUAUUGGCAGUGUGCUAGCAAAUGCGUAAAGCGCAAAAUAAGUUUACAUUUUUUGACACGACACAACUUUGAGGUUUGUCUUAAAAUUGAUAGAUUUUAAAUCAUGUAUUAAAAGGGACCUUUUCACGUUUUGGUGAAUUGAUAAAAUUGAAAAAAAUGUUUCAGGUUUGCAAAUAUUCGUUGUAGUUAUGAAAUUUGCGAGGAUACACUAAUACCGAACAUUUACCAUGCUCUAAAAUAUCCAUUUGACGAUUUUAAUACAUGAAAAUUAUAAAGCGUCACAAUCGCAAACGAUUGAACAUUAAAAUAUAAGAAGUUUAAAAUUCACUGCGCACUAUAUGGGAACGGAUGGCCGAGUGGUUUAAUUGUAAUACUUUUACUCUGGACAGUGGUCAGUGAUUCGAGCCCAGUUAUUAUCUUUUUGUUUUUCAAAUUUUAUUUUUGUUAUUUACUGAAGCUAUUUAGUUCCAAUGUUACAUUUAUCAAUGCCAAGCAUUUAAUGACAAUACUUCAGUACACGCCAAAAUCUGUUAAAAGGUCCCUUUAAGUUUCACUAUAAAAACAUUAUACUUUUGUGACUGAACUCGUGAUAAUUACACAAAGUUCAAAAUAUUAGUCAUCCAAUUUAUUAUCAGAUACAAAUGAACCUUCAAAUUCAGAGCGAUAAAAUAUAUUAUCCACAUUUUGUAUUGCUAUCUGAUAACGUUUUUUGCGUUCUUCAGUAAAUUAAUUAAUUCGAAGAAAUCGACGUUCUUGGGCGCGUUGAUUAUUUGGAAACUAAUGCAAAGUACAUGUGUAGAGUCAAUUUAUAGCUCCGACGAGGACACAUGUUUGUGCAAUGUCCAUGUUAUUUGCUUUUAAAAUAAUGACCUUUUGUUUAAUCAAUGAGGUAAAAGUAUACGGAAUGUAUUUUUAUGUGCAUGUAUAAAAAUGCUAGUUCACAA